UCAAUGAGCGGGAGGGAAAAGUGUGAGUCAAUGGCCUGACGUCACCGUGGUAAUGAUUUGCUAACCCGCACGGAGUCCUGGUUUAGUGUGUGAGGAGCGGGCAUUGUAAACUACAGUACCUAACCAUGCGAAUGCCGUCAUAACAGCACUACAUGAAAUAAGGGUCAACCCCAGACUGGACCUUCUCUUGUUUACACGACGCACGAUCGAAGCCGAAGAGCGCAGCGGAUCCUGAUGAGUUGGGCUGUAGCGAGCGGCCGCUAUGGAUUUGAGUAAGAUGGGCACGAUCCACCUCCAGAACCCGGGCCACCCCACGGGCCUGCUGCACAAGGCCAAUCAGAUGCGCCUGUCCGGCACGCUGUGCGACGUGGUCAUCCUGGUGGACAACCAGGAGUUCCACGCGCACCGCACCGUGCUGGCCUGCACCAGCAAGAUGUUCGAGAUCCUGUUCCACCGCAACAGCCAGCACUACACGCUGGACUUCCUGUCCCCCAAGACCUUCCAGCAGAUCCUGGACUACGCCUACACGGCCACGCUGCAGGCCAAGCUGGAGGACCUUGACGAUCUGCUGUACGCCGCCGAGAUCCUGGAGAUCGAGUACAUCGAGGAGCAGUGCCUGAAGAUCCUGGAGACCAUCCAGUCGUCCGAGGAGCACGACUCCGACAUGAACUUCACAGACAACGGCGGCACAGAGGACGAAGAGGAGCGCCGGGCGCGCCACCUCAAGAGCACACUCUCCUCCAAGAAACAUUCCAUGCCCGAGGGGGGGUUCGCGCCGCCUGGCGGCGCCCGCCACCACCGUCUGGCGCUGGCCAACGCGGCCGACCCGCGCUCCCCCCCUGGCGGCCACCCCACCCUCAGCCCCACCAAGGCGGCGGUGGACAGUCUGAUGAGCCUGGGUCAGUCUCUGGCGCCGCACCCGCACGGCGCCUCCACCCCCCUCAUGGAGCGCAUCAAGACGGAGAUGAUGCAGGUGGACGAGGCCUACGGCCACGACGGAGGCUCCUCCAGCAACGGUGACGGCACGGCCACCGGCGCCGGCGGCGAGUCCAACCGCAGCCAGGACGGGCCCGGCACCCCGACCCGCAGCAGCGUCAUCACCAGCGCCCGCGAGCUGCACGUCUCCCGCGACGACGGGAUGUCCGAGGCCCAGAUGGACCUGGGUCCGGCCGGGCUCGCCGGCAUGGCAGGACUGGCGGAGCGCCACCUGGCCUCGCUCUACGCCACCCUGCCCUCCAACCACAAGGGCGAGCCGCUGCUGCCCAUGCCGGGGUCCAUGGCCGCGGGGCUGCCCAUGUCGCCCUCUCUGGCCAUGUCCAUGGACCUGGGCGCCUACGGCACCCUGCUGCAGCAGAGCUUCAUGCAGCGCGAGUUCUUCAGCAAGCUGGGCGACUACACGUCCGCCGUCAAGCAGGAGAGCCAGCCGCCCAUCGACCGAUGCGACAUCUGUGGGGUCGAGCUCCCUGACAGCGAGGCCGUCGAGCAGCAUAGGAAACUGCAUAGCGGGAUGAAGACGUAUGGCUGUGAGUUCUGCGGAAAGCAUUUCCUGGACAGCCUUCGGCUGAGGAUGCACUUGUUGUCACACACAGCCGGAGCGAAAGCACUCGUUUGUGACCAGUGUGGCAAUCAGUUCUCUAAGGAGGAGGAGCUGGUGACCCACAGGAGAACACACUCAAGUUCGGACAUGGCAGUGUUCUGUCUCCUGUGCGGUAAGCGAUUCGCGGCCCAGAAGGCUUUGCAGCAGCACAUGGAGGUUCACGCUGGGGUGCGUAGCUACAUCUGCAGCGAAUGUGACCGAACCUUCCCUAGUCACACUGCACUCAAACGACAUCUACGCUCACACACAGGUGACCACCCGUUCGAGUGUGAGUUCUGCGGGAGCUGCUUCCGGGACGAGAGCACGCUGAAGGGACACAAGCGCAUCCACACCGGAGAGAAGCCCUACGAGUGCAACGGCUGCGGCAAGAAGUUCAGCCUCAAACACCAGCUGGAAACGCACUACAGAGUACACACAGGAGAGAAGCCGUUUGAGUGUAAGCUGUGCCACCAGCGUUCCCGUGACUACUCGGCCAUGAUCAAGCACCUGCGCACCCACAACGGCGCCUCGCCCUACCAGUGCACCAUCUGCCAGGAGUACUGCCCCAGCCUCUCCUCCAUGCAGAAGCACAUGAAGAACCACAAGCCCGAGGACGUGCCCGCGGACUGGCGCAUCGAGAAGACCUACCUGUACCUGUGCUUCGUGUGAGCCGGCCGGCCCACCACCACGCACCCCACAUGGAGGGGGACGGGGGACGGGGAGGGGGGGGGGAGUAUGCCUGUGUGUAUGUGUUUGCGUGUGUGUGUGUGUGUGUGUGUGUGUGUGUGUGUGUGUGUGUGUGUCUCAUGGUUAAAUCAAUCCAGCUACAGGGUUUAAGGGCUGGCUAAGAAGAACGGAGCAAAGCAGCGGUGACUGAAGUGGUUUUGUACUCGUGUGUGUGUCUGGUGUUGUGUACCUUUUUGGUGUGUACAGUACUUCUCCAGCUCUUCCACCCACAGUGUUCACAGUCAGGUGUCCGUGGACGUAAGGACGCGCUCGUAAGGCUGACAGUCACAGCUCCAUCUCAACCAUGCAGGGUGGAGGUGACGACCCCAUCGGAGGUUUGGGUAGAGGGGGGGGAAAAAAGAGAGAGAGAAAAAACAGGAUCAGUGACGUAUUUCAUGUGAAAGUGUAAAAAAAAUCGUGCCAAGCUGGGGUCACAGUCAGUGGACUUUACCCGGUCACCAGGCGUGGCUCGGGCAUGGCGCGGGCGUGGCUCUACUAGCGCAUGGUGAGUGGCUUUGGCACUUACUGGUAGACAGAACUGGAUUCACCAGUAAAAUCAUGUUGCUAAGAAGAUUAAGUAGUAAAGAUUAAAGAUUGUUCAGGGAUACGAAUCAUGAUGGAAAUGGACAAACUUCACAGUAGCAGCACGUUGUGUUGACCUAAAAGAAGAAAUAUAUCUGUCUAUGUAUGGAUGGAUCCCACACCUCUCACACACAGACUCACACACAGACUCACACACAUUCAGUAUAUUGUAAUCACAAGGACAAAGACGAUGCUCUUACGAUCUGUCUGCCAUUAGCUUCUGCUGCUCAUCUUUCAAGCGCAUCAUACUCAGCCAUCUUCAUCUUUCCCCAAUAUUAACCUGCAGGUGUGUGUGUGUAGUGUUGCCUCUCUCCUCUGUGGUCCUCAUCAGAUCUGUUGAAAUUAAACGCUGGCCUGUCUGUGUGUGUGUGUAUGUAUGUCUGUCUGUCUGUGUGUGUGUGUGCGUGUGUGUUACUUUUGUCUGCAUCAGUUGGUGAUGCGUGAAGAAGCUUGAACAGGGGUUUCUGAGAUGCUAAUGGAGUUGCGGUGAUGUUAACAUCAUGUGUGUCCACUCGUGAUUAAAAAAAAAGAAUCAAAUGUGAUUGUGAAGAGAUUGACAAUGUGUCAUGUCACUGUGCGUCGGAGCAGGGAACAAAGUGUGCGUGUGUGUGUGUGUGUGUCGGAGUUCGUCUGGCAUCCGGCCUCGUGCGCUUUGGAAUCAUGUUCACUUUUCUUUGUGUUGUUUUUUCGUUUUGUAUUUGUUUUUUUUAUUAAUCACAUUUUUACUUGAAAUACCUCAUUUCUGUGACCUCAUGUGCUUGAGUUGAUUUUGUAUUUGUUUCUGAUGUUCUACUGAGUACGGAUCAGGAAGUGAGGAGGCAGGGACUCUGGGAUUAUGUUACCGGCUGCUAGAUAUAAGCAUCAGCAGCCGCAAAGAUGGCAGGUUGUUCUGUUUCUGUUUUCUUUUUUUUUUUUUUUUGAUAUUUGUGUUGUGCAUUUCUUACCAAAAUAGGUCUUUUUUUUAUUUUUUUUUAAUCCUACUGUACAUCUGUUAAUGCUGAUGUUUUAUUUGGCUUUUCAGUCAUCUUAUUACGCUACCUCCUCGUUCUUCUCUGUUUGCACAAACAUUUGUUGGAUCUUUGAUUUGCAUUUUAAUCGAACUUCAUCUCAUGCUUGGCCUAAGACGUCUCAGUUUUUGCGAGUGUUAUUUUGCAAGAAUGAUUAGUGAGAGUCAGACAGAAUUGUUUAAUCCCCACCCCCCCCCCUAAACAGCAUACACUCCGGUCUGUAGCAGAACGGAAGAGAACAUGUUAGCCUUCAGAAUGAGAUGAUGUGUGUUUUCGUUUUGUUUAGUUGUUCUUGCUGACCGGUGUCUGAGGCUUGGGUUCGUGGCGUAAGAGAUUGAAAGGGAUACACUUGAAGAUCACGUUCAAUGAAUUGCUGUUUUUUAUGUGAAAAAAUGGUUUUGUAAAGUUGAAUCACGCAGGACUUCUGCAGUGAUGAGGAGUGUAUCAUACGGUUGGAGUGUGCUGAAAGUCUUUUUUUUAUUUUUUUUUGAGAAAGAGAAAAAAAAAGAGUACAGGGGAAGAUGCCUUCCUGCGAGGACAUGGGGCGUGUUCAUUCUCCAAGGGGCGUGUUAAUUCUCCAAGGGGCGUGUUCAUUCUCCAAGGGGCGUGUUCAUUCUCCAAGGGCCGUGUUCAUUCUCCAAGGGGCGUGUUCAUUUUCCAGGGGGCGUGUUCAUUCUCCGAGGGGCGUGUUCAUUCUCCAGGGGGCGUGUUCAUUCUCCUGUACUCUAGAAGAGCCACAAGAGGCACUUUGAACAAAAGUAUUUUUGUAUUACAUUAAGGUGUGAUACCUUGUAGUCUUUCGAGAUUUGAAGAGAUGUUUUACAAAAUUCUCUCCAUUGUGCUUGUCGAGUAAAACUGUAUUUUCUGUGCCUCUUUUGCAGAUGUUUGUGAUGUGAAAAUCUCCUGGGUGUUGUUUCUCUGUUGGUGAAGGUACUAGAUUAUUGUCGUUUGAUCCAAAAAUGCAUAUAGCAAGACAAGGAAAUCCGACUGCACUCGCGCCAAUAACUCUGCUGUUCUGUAGCCCCCUCUAAUGCUUACUGUGUCUGACGGAACCUUUGGGGACGGAGGAGUCCAAAGCUGGGAGACAGCGUCUUGUAUCUUUGUCUAUUUUUGUUAACACUGUGACUUCGAUGAUUACAUGCACAGAUAUUUUUUUCACAGUAAUUCAAGCAUCAGUAGAGGAUGCGAUGUUUUCUACAUUUUUGUGUGUGUAAUGUGAAUCAGGCUCUUUAGUGGGUGGUCAUCCUUAAUUGUGGAAAAUGCACUAUACUGAACCUGAACAGCGUAGUAUUUGAAGGCAUUGUGUAAAAUAAGCCCAGUCAUCGACACUCCUUUUCCCACUGUGGAGACCUAAAUAAUCUUCAAUUGACGUUUCGGGUCAUAAUUGGCAGAUUAUAUUUUGGCCUCAGAAUCGACUAAAUGUCAGAAUAUGGCGACUUUCAUUUGCCAUCCCUGGGCUUAUACUGACAACAACUUCAAAACAAAAAAAAAUCAAAGAGUAACAAUAUUCAAGUCUUUCUGCCUUGUCUCUCUUGUCAUGUAGAAUGGACAAAGUAUUUUUCUUCUUGCCAGGGAAGUCAAGAUUUUUUUCAUGAGCCGUUUUUUUUUCUUCCCCCUUAAAGCUCAAAGUUAAUGGGCGUGUGUUUAUUUCCUUUGAUCAAUAUGUUAGGCCCUAUAAAGAAGGCUGUUGUGUUCCAUGGUGUUCAGGCUGCAGCAAACACUGCCUUCAGUCCCACACUUUCGCAUCGUGUGCAUUUGUUUAGAACCUAGAACCUAGAACAAUAACACAGUGGGUUUCAUCAGCAAUAAUUCUGUAGGUCUGGGAGGGGGUGGAAAAAAGUCCUGGCUUCCCUGGUCUUGGGUUUGGGCUGGGUCAGUCAGUACCAGAAGCCCAAACCUCCUUGUGUUCCUUGUGCUGAGCAGGAGGUGCUGAGGAGGCGGUUCUGAGCAGGAGGUGCUGAGAGGAGGUGCCAUUCAUACGCGUGUCUAAGCCCUUAAGAGACUCAGCACACUGAGGAACUCUAUUGGACCAAGAGAAACGAAAUGUUCUCCUAAAACUUUUUACUUCUGUAUUUAGUCUUUGCCCUGUGUUAAACUGAAUUAACUUGUCUUUUUUUGUGUUUUUCCUUUUUUAUGAUUGAUUUUAUGAAGAUGUCUACCUCAGCACCUGUCAUUAGUAUAAUCGUAAAGGUGCCCAUUUAAAGAAAAUUGUUUAUUUGUCCUGUUUAUUUUUCCUUUCACUUGUGCACAUAUCAUAUCGGCUUUCCCACUCAGUAGCUUUCCGCCAGCCACGGGGCAUGUUCUCCGCAGCACCCGAGGGCUGGCUGGAGUGUGAGUUCUGUGUGUGUAUGUGUGUAUGUGUGUGUGAGUGUGUGUGUGUGUGUGCAGUGAUAUCUGUGCUGCUGCUGACGGACCUGUUUAUAUCCCCAUGCGUUUUCUUUUCUCUGUUAUGUGGGCUCAGACACAUCGGUGUAACCUUCAGUGUUCUCUGGAAUGUGGAAAAAAAAUAAAAGGUAAAAAAGCAACUUUAUGCUGCAGGUCUCCUUUGCCAUGGUUUUGUCUGUAAGUGAAGUUUGUGCCUUUAAUGUUGAAAAGAGUAUUUUUACACCCUACUAACGGUAGAUUGUUUUGUAGUGAUGAUUUUUUUUUUUUUGUUUGUUUGUUUUGUAUUUUGUUUCACAAGUCCUUUAGAAGAUGACAAUGUUCUGUUGUCCAUGUCAAGCCUGCAGUUAGAAAUAAAAUAAAUAAAUCUGUACACUUAA